AUGGCGUCGAGGACGGCGUCCAAGGACAUCAUCACGCUCAAGGGCUCCGCCGCCAUCGUCAGCGAGUUCUUCGGCUACGGGCCGGCAAACAGCGGCGUCGUCUCUAUCCCCGACGCCGGUUUAUUUGAGAUGGAGCGGGUAAGAGCCAAAUUUCGGCAAUGGGGAUUGAUUCGUGGUGUUUGGUGUGGCUGCAGCAUCCUGUACAACCGCGGGGUGUACCCGGAGGAGAGCUUCGGCAAGGUGAAGAAGUACGGCCUCCCCAUGCUGCUCACGCAGGACGAGGCCGUCAAGACCUUCCUCACCAACCUCACCUCCCAGCUCUCAGAGUGGCUGGAGGGUGGGAAGCUGCAGAGGAUUGUGCUGGUCAUCAUGAGCAAGGCCACCGGCGAGGUGCUCGAGCGCUGGAACUUCAACAUCAUCACUGACGGCGAGGUCGUCGAGAAAGGGGCGGUGAAGGAGAAGAGCGACAAGGAGAUCAUGAGGGAGAUCCAGGCCAUCAUGCGGCAGGUCAACUCCUGCAUCUCCUUCCUCCCCUGCCUCGAUGAGCCAUGCAUAUUCGACGUGCUGGCCUACACCGACUCGGACACCACCGUGCCCUUCACCUGGAUGGAGAGCGACGCCAAGCUCAUCGAAAACCCGCAGAUGGUGAAGCUGCACUCGUUCGACACCAAGAUCCACAAGGUGGACACGCUGGUGUCGUACAAGGUGGACGACUUGGACGAGCAGUGA